CUGACGUCACUGCAUAGCAACGGCCGCCAUUACCGCCGCGUCUCUGACAGACCCACAGAGCAGUCACAGACAAAGAAGACAAUGGAUUUUGGUUCCGUUGCCCAGAACUUGGUUCCCAUCUCCGAUCUUCAUCCAAAUUCAUCACGCCCUAGUGUAGCUGGAAUCGUGAUUGGAAAAAUUGAUCCAAAAGGAUUUCCUGACCGAAAGAACAUUGGAACAGAAAGAUAUACUUUCACUUUCACAAUUCGAGAUGAUACAGUUUACUUCAUCAAUGUAGGUUCCUGGGGGAGAGAGGAAUAUGUGAGAAGUCUAUCUAACAGCUUCAGAAUUGGGGAUUGUGUUGUGAUUGAGAAUCCACUAGUGCAGACCAAAGAUGUAGAGAAGGAAGAAAAAUUCAGCCCAUCUACUUCAAGUAGCUAUAAGCUUUUGGUCAGUGAGAACUUCUCAACGGUCAAGUUAUGCCAUGAUCCGGAGGUUGAAGCUAGGCUUCUCUCCUUGCUGCAUUUGCCAGUGAAAAACCACCAGGACUACUACUCACUUGGAGAUAUUGCCCACAAUGGGCAGAGCCUAAAUGGAUCCCUUAUCAAUAUUCUGGCAUCAGUCAAAUCGAUAGGGGAGCAGAAGCAUUUUACUACAGCUGACAAAAGAAAAGGGCAACGAUGUGAAGUAAAACUGUUCGAUGAAACUGUACCUUCAUUCUUAAUGAACUGCUGGGAUAAUGAAUCUAUACAGCUUGCACAGACAUGGCUACCCAGGGAAACAGUAUUGUUCAUAGCCGAUGCUCGAGUCAAUUACGAUAAUUAUCGCAACUGCAUGACUGCUGCAGUGGUUGCUAAAACCAUUAUUACAACAAAUCCUGACACAAAAGAGGCCAAUCUGUUGUUUAAUUUUGCCAAAGAUCAUGCAGGAAAUGAUGAUGAAGAUCCUGAACAAAUUGAUGAGUUGAUAAACUUGCAUUCCAUUGUGGAUGUAUUCACUGUUCAGCAGUUCAAAAACAAAGCAAUAGACCACUGUGGCAAGUCUGAGCCUAUUUAUGGAAUCAUGUAUGCUUACAUUACAAUGUUUAACAUUGAUUCUGACAAUUCAAAGAUAAUAAAAUCCAGAUGUGGUAGGUGCAGAAUUUUGGUCGAUAUUGGUUCAGACGUAUGCACAAAUCCUUCUUGUUCAUUCGGCGCAAUGAACUCUUCAAAUAUCAUUACCAAUUUUGAUUUCUGGGUGGAUGUGUCCGACCAUACAGGCACUCUUCCGUCUUGUAACUUAGCAGGAAACACAGCUGAAAAAACUCUUGGCUACACAAUUGAAGAGUUUUGCAGUUUAACAGAAGAACAGAAAACAUUGUUAAAAUGGAAGUUUAUUUUGGAGAGAUGUAAAAUCUAUCUAAAGUUGGUUCCGUCAAGUAACGCAAGAAAUGGAAUAAGAACAAGUUUUCUAUCCUGCCAAAUAGCUGAUCCUGAAGAGGCUAGUCAGACUUUGUCCAGCAUAUCAAUUUCUUCCAGCAGCUGUUUAUUAUAGAUGAACCCCAGAUCAAAUACUUACUUCCAAGCAAAACUGGUAGACAAAAUCUUAACCAAAAAUUCAGCUGCCAGUUUAUAUUAAUAUUUAGGUGUAAAUGUUUACUGUUUUGAUUAUGAUGCAUUAUUAAAUUUCAAAAAAGUGUGCAGAAGUUUGUCAAAUCAGUUGACUGUUCAUGCAUGGCAAGGGAAUGACAUUGAGUUAAGGUAGAACAUUUUAUUUUAGAUACUGAAACUUAUGGUUAUAUUUUCUAUGUUUGCUCUUUUGCAAAAGGCCCUCGACACAUUGGCUCAGGGUUAAAUGUUUACAGUUAAUCCAGAGAUCUCUUUGUUGGUCCUUCUUCAAUUAUCUAACUUAUCUGCACUUUUCUUGCUCAUAAAUCUUCUUAAUUGAAUAUAUAUUAUAAAAUACCGAUUGUAAUUUAUCAUUAUUAACACAAAAUGUCACACUUUUUCAGUAGAGCAGUUAGAAAUAAUCUUUUUUUUAAGUUAUGCGAAAGAUGACAGUUAUUUUAAAACAUGUGUGAUAAUUAAACUCUUGUGACAUCACAAUAAUUGCUUGUCAUCUUAAAGAACUGCAUGGAAUUUGUCGGUUUAUAUUUAAGCAGUCAGUGAUGAUAUAAUAUAAAGUAGGUGGAAUUUUCCUAUGCUAAAUUUGCCUGUUUGUCAUCCCAUUUUAAUAGCAUCAUUUAUAUGGGUAUGAAUACUUUUUGAGACAUGUUUAAGUAAAGUUACUUGCUUCAAACGUUUGAAUUUCCUGUUACUCUCAAACACUGCAUUUGUUGCCAUGUUAUCUUAUCACAUUUUCAUUAUUGUGAACCAGUCUCAAAUAUAUCUUUAAAUGACAAUAGAAAUGUAACUUUAAGUCCACUUGGAGAUAUAAUUACCAAAACGUUACAAGUAAAGAGUGAAAAAUCACAGUUUAGUGGUUUAUUUCACACUUUCAUUAUCCUUGUCAGCUUGUCAACGAAAUCUUGGCAAAUGUAUUUCCUAUGGUGGUAUUUAUUUUGUAAAUAGCUUUGAAAACAAUCCUGGAAUACCAGCAUUGGAUUUUGUUGUGUAGUACAUUAAAAGUCUUCUGUUGUACAUACUUCCUGCUAGCUUCCUUAAUAUUACAUUUCUGUGUUAAUAUUUAUAGUGGAAUCUAUUUCCGUACCAGAUUGUAAUAGAUGCUAAAACCCAGUGGUAAUAUCAGUGCAAUUCCACCGUUGAUCUGAGACUAUAGUUAUAGAGUGUGACAGGCAUGUAUUUUCAUUAUAAGAGUGGAC